CUGUGGUGGUCCUGGCGCAUCGUGUUAACAUCAGCCCAACUGCAACGAAGAAGAACGAUUCCGGAAGCUAGUGUCCAUCAGCGAAAACUUCGGGAUAGAAAACAAAUCAUUUUAUUGUAAAAUGGCUUUUGUGUCCGACGGUGAUGAUUUAUUUGACUCCAUUAUCAUGGCUGAUGACAGGUUUCGUGAUGAAGGGUAUCAGGAAGGGUUUGAGGAGGGGACUCGUCAGGGAACCUUCGAGGGCAGGAACCACGGGCUGCUACACGGAGCCAAACUCGGUGCAGAGGUUUCUUUUUAUUAUGGAUUUGCCCUUGCAUGGAAAUGUCUCCUUCAAAACAGCAGUGAUGUGAAAGCAAGAAAAAGGCUGAAGGCUAUGGAAUCUCUGAUUGGAGUGAUCCAAAACUUUCCAUAUGAGGACCCUCAGUAUGAAAAGCUUCAAGAGGACAUGGAAAGGGUGCGUGCCAAGUUUAGACAGGUGUGCUCUUUACUGAACGUGGCAACAGACUUUAAAGAAUAUGUAAGAGGAUCAACAGGAAUGUCCUUCUAAGAUGGCAGGGGCCUUACAGCAGCCGUGGCAAGCUCAGAGCGCCUCCAGUCCUCCUGUGAGCACGCCAUGAUGAUCCUCUGCAGACAGACAGUCCUGAUGAAGGGGUUUGUGGUGUUCACCUGCCGUGUGUAUAAGAGAGGACCGUUAUCACUCUCACUCUGGACACGUAAUGCAGAAUUCUGGGUUCUGGAACAGCUCUUUAAACUGAAUUCUAGAAAACACUGAUUGGAAGAAUUUGAGUGCUAUUCUUGGGUGUUUGAGGGUUUUAAAGUGAGAUCAAGAGGGGCGAAAUAGCAAUGGCAGUGAUAUGAGUUAAUUUAAUAUACAAGACAAGCCAAAGCCACUGUCCUCAUAAGAAUAUUCCUUCUCCCAAGAGGUUUUUUUUUUUAAAACAAUUUUAACCCUUCUGUGUGUGGAUUUCUACAAAGAAGAUGACUAUGAACGCCAUCUUGUGGUGAAAUUGGGAGAAAGGUUUUUGCCGUCAGGUGGCACCGCCUGCUGGUAAACUGCAAGGACUGCAGGAUUGUUUCUUGUAAAAUCAGUGUUUAACUGGAUAUAAGCAGCACAGACAGAUUCCAAUAAAGGUUUUACGUUUACACUUUA